GUAUAGCUGACAGUUUUGAGCAAAGAGAUAUUCUUGGUCUUCAGUUUUAUGGCAAUGGUGGUUUGAACAAGCUCAAGGUUAAUUUCAAUUGGAAGAUUGUAGAUCAGGGAGAUUGUUGCCUAGAAAGACUUGGUUGGUUGGGUU